AUGGAAUCCGAAAGAUUGUUUUCGUAUCUGAAGAAAAAGGUGAAAGGAGAACACUACGAAAUGGGAAAGCACAUGGCACCUACACCGCAGCGUCUACCUCCCAAAUCCCCAAGUUUACGAGUCCCUCGCCAUAUGUCAGAAGUAAAUGUUUUGAAACGUACAAAGAACUUUUUCCAACCGCUGAUUAAGGGGGAAAGGGGACCUCGUGGGACCGGGCCAGGCACGGGCAGAAAUUGGUUGCAGUGGGGAAUACAUGGGUUGGUACCUUUUGGUUGGAAAGAUACGGGAGUGGGAGAGGAUUGGGAGGAAGAUGGGGGUGAGGAAUGGAAUCAUGAGUUUAUAGGGCCGAGAGUGGAGUUUUUAGUUGAGGAUGGGAAGGAUAGGAAUAGGGCGACGAGGGAUAUCUUUUUGGUUUGA